AUGGAUGCGGAGGCGCCGCGGCUGCCGCACGCUCUCCGGAGAAUGCUUAUCGAUCAUGAGAAAAUGUCAUGUCCCAACCUUCUGAAAGCUGCUGUACUUUCAACCAUGACAUUACUUGCUGUACCUCUUGAGGCGUCAGCGGAGACUUGCCAACCACCUAAUUCUUUCGCCAAUAUGCCAAUUUUCAUUGCUGUAGCUCUAAUAGGAGCAGCUGUUGGCGGAUUGUUAGCACGCCAAAGAAAGGCGGAAUUGAAGCAGCUCAAUAAUCAACUUCGCCAGAUCAAUGCAGCACUUAGAAGGCAGGCACAAAUUGAAUCAUUUGCGCCUGGCCUUACUUAUGCGCCAGUUGGGAGAACAAAUGAAACUGAUGUUAUUGUUGACCCAAGGAAGCAGCAGUUGGUCACAAAUCUGAGAAAUGGGAAGAAUUACAUGAGGAAUCAAGAUCUUGAUAAGGCUAUAGUGGAGUUCAGAACAGCUCUGGAGCUUGCAGAGAGCAUAGGAGAUCGUUUUGAAGAAAAGAAAGCUGCACGAGGACUAGGUGCAUCACUGCAAAGGCUCGGAAAGUACCGAGAAGCAAUGAGGCAGUACACCAAGGUUCUGGAGCUGUCUAAGGAGACGGGUGAAGAUUCUGGCUGCACCGAGGCCUACGGUGCCAUAGCUGACUGCUACACCGAGCUGGGCGAUCUGGAGCGAGCGGCGAAGAUAUAUGACAAGUACAUAUCGAGGCUGCAGCCCGGCGAAUAG